CGUAACUAAAACUAGGGGUUUUAAACUAGUUUAGGUCAAAAAGGGGGCGCCACACCGGAGUCGCGGAGCCACAGGCAAGGAAACAGCAUUUCCAUUACCUUACCCGUCUUCACGACUCCGAAAGUCAGAACAACAGAAAACAUGGAGAGCAGCGUCCUUACUCAAACCACUUUUCUCUCUCCUCUUCCUCCUUCAAAUCAACUUUCUCGUUUUCAAAUUCUCUCUCCUCUUUCCUUCUCCAACAAAAACUACUCUGUUCAUUUCUCUCUUAAGCUUCAGAAGCAAUUACCAAUUGCUCACAACAAUGUCCGGUUUACGUCUUCGGCGAAAUGCAGCGCUACAUUGUCCGAUACUUUCAGUGAAACAUGCACAUUAGCCGACAUUGAUUGGGACAACCUUGGAUUUGGAUUCCUACCGACUGACUAUAUGUAUGUUAUGAAAUGUGCUCGGGGUGAUAGCUUCUCCGAAGGUGAACUAAAGAGAUUUGGGAACAUUGAAAUGAGCCCUGCUGCUGGGAUCUUAAAUUAUGGGCAGGGAUUAUUUGAAGGUUUAAAGGCAUACAGAACACAAGAUGGUAACAUUGUGCUCUUUCGUCCGGAAGAGAAUGCGAUGCGGAUGAGAAGUGGUGCAGAGAGGAUGUGCAUGGCUGCACCAACUGUUGAACAAUUUCUGGAAGCUGUGAAAGAAACAGUUUUAGCAAAUGAACGUUGGAUUCCCCCUGCUGGUAAAGGUUCUUUGUACAUCAGGCCAUUGCUCAUGGGUAGUGGUUCUGUUCUGGGGAUUGCACCAGCUCCUGAAUAUACCUUUAUGAUUUAUGCAUCACCUGUUGGUAACUACUUCAAGGAAGGUCUUGCACCCAUAAAUUUGGUGAUUGAGACUGAUUUUCAUCGUGCCAGUCCUGGUGGAACUGGAGGAGUUAAAACUAUCGGCAAUUACGCAGCGGUUCUGAAGGCUCAUACAGCUGCUAAAGCUCAAGGUUUUUCUGAUGUACUAUACCUGGACUGCGUACACAAGAAAUACCUAGAGGAGGUGUCGUCUUGUAAUGUUUUUGUCGUGAAGGAUAACGUGAUAUCAACUCCUGCUAUAAAGGGAACGAUACUGCCUGGCAUUACGAGGAAAAGUAUAAUCGACAUUGCUCGUAGCCUAGGUUUUGAGGUUGUGGAGCAGCUUGUGUCAGUGGACCAACUUCUUAGUGCUGAUGAAGUAUUCUGUACAGGCACAGCGGUGGUGGUAUCACCUGUUGGCAGCAUUACACAUAUGGGUGAAAGGACCUCUUUUGGAAACGAGAAGGUUGGGCGUGUGGCGCAACAGCUUUACACUGCACUUACUAGACUACAAAUGGGUAUUGAAGACGAUAAUAUGGGUUGGAUUGUGAAACUUAAGUGAAGAAUGUUGAUUUUUUUUUUCUUUUUACCUGCAUCAUACCCCAUACAGAAGAUAUUAUAUGUUCUUUAUCUGCUAAUGUGAAAAACAUUGUCUUGUUACUUGUUUAAAUGAUCGAGUUUCAAGCAAUAAACUGAUUUUUUAUUUUA